GCGGUUCAAAAAAUCGACCGUUGUGUUGUCGAAAAUCAGUGUUUCUUACUUUCUUUCAGGACUAAAGUUAUUGUUUUUAAGGUUCUGCUAUUAUUAUUUCGAAAGAAAGUACCAAAAUGUCGCAGCAACAAACUAAAAACUGCAUUACCCUUCGUGGUUCUGCUCAAAUUAUUUGCGAGUAUCUGAACUUUGCAAUCAACUCAGUCCUUUUCCAACGAGGUCUGUACCCACCAGAGAUGUUCAAGGCAGAGCAGCAGUACGGGAUUACAUUGUUGAUAUCUGAGGAUCCUCAAAUUAAAAGCUUCCUGACCAAUCUUUUGAAGCAAAGUGAAGAAUGGAUUAUCAACAAAAAAGUAAGCAAGCUGUCCUUGAUUAUAUUAAACGUAGCAAACAAAGAAGUCUUGGAGUGCUGGGAUUUUAACGUUCAGUACGAAGAAGGUGACAUAGCAUUAUCUAAGGAGAAAAACGAGACCGUAGGCAGUAAAGAUUUGAAGAAAAUACAGCAGGAAAUCAGGGAUGUGAUGUUACAAGUUGCAGCCACAAUAUCGUACCUACCAUUCUUAGACUGUCGGUGUUCGUUCGAUGUGCUAGUUCAUGCCAAAACGGACUGCGAUGUACCGGAGAAAUGGGCAGAAGCGGAACCAGUGUCGAUAGCCAACGCGCAGAAUGUUCAGCUCAAAACAUUCACGACUAGUUUACAUAAAAUGGAAACGGUUGUUAGUUAUAAAUUAGCUGAUUAAGAUAUUUAUUGUUUUAUAACAAUAAUUAAGUUGUUUAUUUGCUCUUGUAAACUGAAAAGAACUUACCGAAUUAUGUAAGUUCCUAAGUUUAGGAAGCAAAUUUUUGUACCUAUUUUGAGCAUUGCUAAAAGCUAUACUGCAUAAAGAUGGAGUUUCCACUUUGUACCUGUCUAUUUAAAUGCAGUUUUUAGCAACUAAAAUUGGAUUUUCUAAUGAAACCAAUCAUUAAAGCAAGUUGCUGUAAGUCAGAUAAUCACAACAAGGGAUACUUGUCAUAUGACUUUUUAAUUUACCUGCCAUUAUCAUACAUAAUCUCAACAUGAGAAAGACAGAUUGAUCAAAAAUGUAUGUCAGUUCCUUAGUCUCUGUCACAUAGUAAGUUCCGCUUGGCGCGGUGUGAGCACAGUUUGACGAUUUCAUACAAUUUUCUUGCCUUGUUUUAAUGGUGAUAAUUGCUCGGUCCUAUAAUAAUACAACCAUGAUGUGGUGAUGAUGAUGUGGUCUAGUCUCGUGACGUAAUAACGUCAAGAGACGAGACCACAUCGCACCUUCGGUAGAACAAGGGCACAAUUGCACUUUUUGCAAUUUUACAGGAGAGCUAUUAAUUAUUAGCUACACAUUUUUAAAGUAUUUCUGCAUACUUAACUCAUUUUUGCAAUUUUUGACAAUUGUGCCCUUGUUCUACCGAAGGUGCGACAUCCCAUCGAGAAUCGCCCAGAAACCGUGCGACUUAUGGUUUAUUCCCGUUGUCUCCACUAUUUUCUUUUAUUAAAUAAUUGAAAUUUAUUAGCUUUUUAUUCCUGUUGAAUCCGCCUCGCCGGCCGGAGGAGUGGAGGACAACGGGAAUAUUUUUUUAAAUUAUUUAACAAAAUAAAUUGGUAGGGACAAACCUUGUGGGGAUGCCCGGACGAUGUGAAUAAACCCCGAUUAUCACUGCUUAUACAAGUUCUAAUACCUGUGUGAAGUGGUUAAACAUACGAACUGUAUAAUGUUACGUUUAUAAUAACAUUGUUAUUAUUAAUUUUGCAAUCGUCGCGUUCGCACCAAAUGUUGUACUCUCCCGCAGUCACACUAUUUGACAGAGGCUUUAGAUCAGACAUAGGUACUGUACUGGUGGCUUAUCCAGCUUUUGUAAAUAUGUAGCUGAACUGAUUUGGUCAAAUAGACAUGUUCCUUAUACCAACCAACUGCAACAUAAGUAAAUUUUGCCUUUGAUACUAUGGCCAGAGUAAAUACAAAUG